AAUUGUGAAGCAGGAGAAGAAGAAGAGCGGCUUGACGUAGUGUCCGCUCCCUCGCGACUUCCUUUUGCACAGUGGCAGUCAGCGAGACACCAUGAAGGCGUCUGGCACACUUAGGGAGUACAAAGUUGUGGGGCGUCUGUUGCCCUCUGCCAAGAAUCCGACUCCUCCUCUGUAUCGCAUGAGGAUCUUUGCCCCAAACCAUGUGGUGGCCAAGUCUCGCUUCUGGUACUUUGUCUCCCAGCUGAGGAAGAUGAAGAAGGCUUCUGGAGAGACUGUGUACUGUGGCCUGGUUCAUGAGAAGAGUCCCCUGAAGGUGAAGAACUUUGGCAUCUGGCUGCGUUACGACUCCCGCAGUGGCACGCACAACAUGUACCGCGAGUACAGAGACCUGACCACCUCUGGAGCAGUCACCCAGUGCUACCGGGACAUGGGUGCUCGUCACCGUGCCCGUGCACAUGCCAUUCAGAUCAUGAAGGUGCAGGUGAUCCCAGCCAACAAAUGCCGCAGACCUGCUAUCAAGCAGUUCCAUGACUCCAAGAUCAAGUUCCCCCUGCCCCACAGGGUUCUGCGCAAGCAGCACAAGCCCCGAUUCACCACCAGGAGACCAAACACAUUCUUCUAAAUUGUAUGUUUAUGCUGUUCAGUUUACUGGGGAAUUAAAAAAAAAGAACAAAAACUG